GAGAAGCUCUCGUGUGUCGAAGGCCAUGGCAGGCGACGUGGCGGCUGAGCUUCACCUAGAUGUUGAAGAUCCCAAACUGAACACAAAGGAAGAAGCUGAUUCAGACAGUGGGCGGAGCAGCUGUGAAACAGGAUCUCUAGGCCAUUCCAACACAAGAAGUACACCCCUGGUUGAAAGAGACUCAGAUGAAGAGAUCUUUGUGAGUAAGCAAUUGAAACGUAACAAGUUCCUCUUGCAGGACAGUGACAGUGAAGAAGAUGACAGAGAUGUCCUUCCUAAGAAGGCUGACUAUGACAAUACAGAGGUGGAAAGUGGGGAGAAUAAAGAAAACAUAUAUGCAGGAAAAAAAGGAAAAGCCAGAAAGAUUUACCAGGCUCUGAGGGACAGUGAUGAGAGUGACGUUGGAGAACCACCGUACCAGAAGAACCUUGACAGUCGGAUGAUGGCUCCUUUGGCUGAAAGUACCUUGGAUCUGGGUUCCCAAUCCCCGAAGUCUAUACCCUCACCAGCAGGUGCCAGGAAAAGGUUCAAACAACGUACUCAGGAUAAAGAAGAUGCUGGAGGGAAAAGAAAAGGGAGAUCACAGAGGAGGCUUGAGAAGGAAGCCAAAAAGAUGGAAGUGAUUAGUCGGCUGAAAAAAAAGGAAAAUAAAAAAGAGGAAGGUGAAACCAAGCAACUAUUCAACGACAGUGGCUGUCUUCUUGGGGACAAUGAUCUUUUUGAGACUGGAUUGGAGGAAGAAAAUGAUCCCCCACUGGAAGAUGAAGUAUCGUUAGAAUCAAUACGAGCUUCUGUGAAAGGGAAAGUCAAAAAGCACAAGAAAAAGGAGCUGUCUUUGGAAAGUGGGGGCUGUUCAUUUGAAGAUGAAAAGGAGCUGUCAAAAGGAAUGAUAAGAAAGGAGAGGAAGGCAGCCAAGCUAAGUAAGGAAGCUAUGAAAAGACUACAUAGUGAGACCCAACGCCUUAUUCGAGAGUCUGCGCUCUCUCUUCCCUAUCAUAUGCCUGAAAACAAAACCAUUCAUGACUUCUUCAAAUGCAAGCCGCGACCUUCUGGCCAGGGAAGUGCCAUGGCACUGCUGAAGUCAUCUAAGUAUCAGGCAAACCUCAGCAAAGAAAUCAGCACCACUACUAACCCAAGUGAUAGUAGCAGUGCCAGCCACACCAAAGGCUCUAACCAGAAGAUGGGCCUUGAACCGGAAAGUGAGAACAGCCCACUCCCUUUAGCUCCUGACGCUCCACAGACCCUUGCUGACUCUGCUGACCAGCCUGCUUGUGAAGAUAUGACAAAAGAUGAGCCAGGAUGUUACAGGGAUUGGGGACAGAAGGAAGACUUGGAGGCCACUGUGAGCCCUUCAUUCAAGGAUGCUUCAGAGCAUCAGCAGGAAUCCGGUGUCUUCAGUAAGGGGCUGGAACAGAUGGAGGCUAGGGCCCCUAUAGCAUUCGAACUCCGUGUUCUGGAGGAAGAGAAAGAGCCACAGGAUCCUAAUGAAACAAAGGCAAAGGUAGAUGAGGUCAGGCAGCAAGCUACAGUAACAGCCCCAGUUCCAUCAGAAAAAGGAAGGAAGGUCACACUGGAUAAACUUCAGCGACUGGGAGUAGAUCUCUCCAUUAAGCCAAGGUUGGGGGCUGAUGAAGAUUCUUUUGUGACUCUCGAUGAGCCUGAAACCAAUAGAGAAUUGGAAGCUUUGAAGGAGCGUUUCUGGAAGCAUGCGUGUCCCACAGCCAAGGCCCAAACUGUGUCCGAACGAAAGAUGAACCUGAACAUUAUAGUAAAGGAAACAGCUGCUGAUGGCAAGGAAGAGCUGAAGGCUGAUGUGGUCCCCCUGACUUUGGCAACAGAGAAAUUAGACGGAGUGAGCUAUGCAAAGCCAGGUGAGAAGCUACAGGUGCUGAAAGCAAAACUCCAGGAAGCAAUGAAACUCCGAAGACUUGAGGAGCGCCAAAAGAGGCAGGCGCUGUUCAAGCUGGAUAAUGAGGAUGGGUUUGAGGAAGAGGAAGAAGAGGAGGAGGAGGAGGAGGAGGAGGAAGAGAUGACAGAUGAAUCAGAGAAGGAAGAGGAGGAGGAGGAGGAGGAGGAAGGCAAUCAGGAGACAGGAGAAUUUCUUCUUGAUGAUGAAGAGGUAGAAGACAAGGAUAUGAAAGAAGAAGAUAAAGAAAUGGAUAAGGAGAACAUGGCUGAUAGCACAGAAACUUUCAAGGUCAUUGAUUGUAGCUCUAUUCCUAAGCCUCCCACUCUGGAAUCCACUUUGCUCCUAUUCAAAGACAGCUCCUCCAAAAUGGGAUACUUUCCAGCUGAAGAAAAAUCUGAGACUAAUGAAAGCACAGGCAAAAGACCUAGUAAACUAGAAGAAGAUGAUUCAUGCUCUUUGCUAACAAAGGAGAGCAGCCACAACAGCAGCUUUGAGAUGAUCGGCUCCAUGAUUGCUCCCUAUCAGCCUUGCAACAAGCAGUCGGGCCGUGGCACCAGCUUCUUCCAUGGGCUGGGGGGAUUCCGAUCCCCCUCCCCUGGGUUGUUUCGACCAAGUUUGAUCAGCUCUACUUCCAAGAGUUCAGGGAAGCUGUCUGAGCCUUCCCUUCCCAUAGAGGAUUCCCAGGAGCUGUAUAACGCCUCCCCGGAGCCGAAAACUCUCUUCCUGGGAGCAGGAGACUUCCAGUUCUGUUUAGAAGAUGGCACUCAGAGCCAACUGUUAGAUGCAGAUGGGUUCUUAAACGUGGGGAAUCACCGAAAUAAAUACCAGGCUUUGAAACCACGGGUGCCAUUGGCCAGUAUGGAUGAGAAUGCCAUGGAUGCCAACAUGGACGAGUUGUUGGAUUUAUGUACAGGAAAGUUCAAAUCUCAGGAUGAAAAACCUUUGCCUGAGAAGGAUGACAGAAAGGAGGACAUGGAGGAACUUCUGGGUCUUUGUUCAGGGAAAUUCACUUCUCAGGGUUCUUCAACUCCUGCUCCUUCAGAGUCUUCCAAGCAGGAGAAGGAGAUGAACAUUGAUGAUCCGAUGGCUGAAGCCCUGGCUCUUUGUUCAGGCUCCUUCCCAACAGACAGGGAACAGGAAGGUGAAGAAGAAGAGGAGGAGUUUGGUGAUUUUCAGCUUGUCACUGAUAGCAAUGUGUUUGAUAGUGAAGAAGGGGAGCAUUCUGAAUCUGACAGUGAAGCUUCUGGAGCACAGGAAGAUGAUAAUGAAGAUUCUGAAGCCCAGGAGGAUGAUGAUGAAGCUUCUGAACUGGAAGCCCAUGAGGAAGAAGAUGAUGAUGAGGAAGAACUCUUGAAGCAGUCUGAAAGACAAAAAAGGCAAAUGAGGCUGAAGAAGUACCUGGAGGAUGAGGCAGAGGUGUCAGGGAGUGAAGUGGGAAGUGAGGAUGAGUACGAUGGGGAAGAGAUCAAUGAAUACGAAGAAGAUGUAAUUGAUGAAGAGCUUCCUUCAGAUGAAGAACUGCAGGAUCAGGUCAACAAAAUACACAUGAAAGCCAUGUUGGAUGAUGACAAACGACAGCUGCGCUUAUACCAGGAGAGGUACCUUGCUGACGGAGACCUGCACAGUGACGGCCCUGGACGAAUGAGGAAAUUCCGUUGGAAAAACAUAGACGAUGCUUCGCAGAUGGACAUGUUUCACAGAGACUCUGAUGAGGAUCAGAAUGACGAACAAUUUGAUGAAACAGAAGCCAAAUGGAGGAAAGAGCGGAUUGAGCGAGAACAGUGGCUUCGGGACCAGGCUCAGCAGGGGAAAAUUACAACUGACGAGGAAGAUCAGAUUGGAGAAGAGAGUCAGUUUAUGAUGCUGGCUAAGAAAGCCACUGCCAAGGCACUUCAGAAGAAAGCCAACCGUGUCACUGUUGCUCAGGAAGCAAAAACCUUGCCCAGGAGCCCCUUUGAAGCCAUCAGGCCUGGAAGUGCCCCCCAGCUAAGGACAGGCUCACUGCUGAAUCAGCCCAAAACUCUGCUCCAGAAGCUGUCAACCCUCUCUGACCUCAACCCUAGUGCUCCCCGAAACUCCAGGAAUUUUGUCUUCCACACACUCUCCCCAGUCAAGAAUGAGGAGGCAAAGGAGCCUUCUAAGCCUCAGGUGAAGAGAAAGGGCCUGUCUUUGUCCUCCCCAUCUCCCAAGCACCUCAAAGCAGACAGCACUUUAGGAUCAAGCCGGAGCAUCUUUAAGUACUUGGAAAGCUAACUUUGUCGGGAUUUGGUGCCAACAGCCAGCUUGAGCCUGAAGAGUCAGAAUCAGAAGCCGUCUUGGGACAUUCCUGGCACCAAGGGUUGGGAUGGAUUUCUUCUCCAACCUUCUCUCCUCUUUUCCCAGUCAGCACAUUAGGAAGAAACUUUGAGGGCUGAACCCAGAACUUUCUGCAUGCACAUCUUGCCUUUGCUGCCGUAUCAGGCUCCAGAUUGGCCGCAGGUCUGCUGCUGCAGUGAAUGUUGGCUCUGAGACAAGCUGCUCAAGCUGUCCUCCCUCUGUUCGGUGCCCAAUAGACCAUGUCCAGACAGAGGCCUACACUGACAGGAGGGGGAAGGUAGAGAGGGAGAUUAUAAUUUAAAGAAGUGUGGUAUUGAGGAAGAAAUCAGUAUUAAUAACAGUGGCAGUGGUAGUCACCAUGGUAGAAUUCUGUUUCUUUCCAAAAAGAUCCAGGGGAAUAGACCUUCAGAGACUAGUCUUAUAGAUGACAUUGAACCCCUCUGUUCCUCUACACACAUACACACCCUUAUUCCUCUCCUUAAAUCAGCUCGAAAUUUCUAGAAAUUUACCUUUGCUGUUUUUAUGGUACAAUCUUGAAAAAGAUUCUUCUCCUGACACUCAGGCCCUCACCUGGUGGGGGUGAGAUUGAUAGGGAGGGGUAAUAGGGCAAAGGCAGGGUAAUAUUUCAAGUUUAGUGGCAAGCAGCAAGGAGAACCUUGCUCCUUUUUCCGUUAAAUUCCCAUCAAGAUAGGAAAUCUUUUCACCUGGGCCAAAAAUCACCCUUCCUUGGUCAGAAGAGGUUUGUCCAGGCUUCCUCCUCAUUCCCCAGAGGAGAAUCUUCCCGUUUACUUGAUUGUAUUUUUCCAGGACUGAAUGUGUGGCCCUCCACUGACCAGGGUAGUGGCAUUUUUAUCUUUAAUUAAUCUGAGAGAUAGUCACUAUGCCCUUCCUGCCAUAGAUAAGUUUUCUCUUGCCAAACUGUAGGAGCUUUGUGGUUGAAGAGGACUGUCCUUCUCCUCUCUUAGCCACCCAAGGUUCCCAGAGCUUUUCCCUGAUUUGAGGAGCUGGGCUUACCCCUAAGAGAAAACCUCCGAGUGCUUGGGAAGGUGGCUCAGACUGAGCUAUUCCAUCCAGGGAAGAGAUCCCUCCUACACGUUAGUUCAGCUGGCAUCGUUAGGUCUGGGGGUUUCUUUCAGCACUUUCCAGCACUGAUGAUGCUGAAGUCAUGUGGCAAAGAAAGCUAUUUGUAUAUUUGUAAUUUUAUGGGAGGGGGGGAGAUGUAUAGAAAUGUCUUAAUGCAGAUAUAGUUUGUAAUAAAUGUCAAUGUGUAUGA